AUGGCCACCGUAGCGACAAGCACACCAACCUCGCAAGGCUUCUACAAGCCCGAGGAAAAUGUCUUCUGCAACGACGGCCGCGAAGACCAACUCCUCCAGUUCAUAACCUCGCACCCCCAACUCUCCGCGAUCCGCAACUCCCCCGAGGCCGUCCUCGCCGCCAUUGACGAGUUCGCCCGCACCAAAGACUUCCUCAUGAACGUGGGGCCUCACAAGGGCACCAUCAUCACCGACAUCAUCGCUACCGAGCGGCCCAGCUCCAUCCUCGAAAUCGGCGGCUACGUCGGCUACUCGGCCAUCAUGUUCGGCAACGCUAUGCGCAACACGGGCGUCCCAAACCCCCGUUACACCAGUCUUGAAAUGAAUCCGAAGUUUGCGAUUGUCUCGCGAGCCCUCGUCGAGGUUGCAGGACUCAGUGAUGUCGUUGAUAUCCAGGAGGGGCCGUCUCGGGCGUCCUUGCAGCGUCUAGCGGCCCAGGCUGCGAACUCCGGCCCGGGCUCGGCGAAAUGGGACAUGUUGUUCCUUGACCAUUCCAAGAUCUCGUAUCUGAACGAUUUGAAGUUGGCAGAGGAGCUGGGUAUCGUGGCCCCUGGGUCGAUUGUCAUUGCGGAUGAUAUGAAGAGGCCCGGAAACCCGAUGUAUUCGGAUUAUGUGCGGGCAGAUCCGGCGACGAAGAUGAAGGCGUAUGAGCCGUUCGUGGGAUGUUUGUCCGACGGGAAUAUCUCGUUGGGGAAUCCGCUUUUGGUAUACCAGACAAUGCUGUUGGAAGGGUUGGAGCCAACAGGGCAUAUGGAUGCCGUCGAGAUCUCGCGGUGUGUGGACUUGGUGGACAAGAACUAA